GCGAUAUUAACGCAGUCGUUCACACAAGCGCCUCGCGUCGAAUAUUAAGCUGUCGAUCUGAGCUGAACUCUGCAAAAUGGCGCAAAGUAGACCAAUUCUUUACUCUUAUUUUCGAAGUUCGUGUUCGUGGCGCGUGAGAAUAGCGUUACAUUUGAAAGGAAUUGAUUACGAAUAUAAAGCCGUAAAUUUAUUGAAAGAUGAACAUCACAACGAAGAUUUUUUAAAAUUGAAUCCUGUUGCUGAAGUUCCUGUUCUGUAUCAUGAAGGUAAAGCCAUCAGCCAGUCUGUUGCUAUUAUGGAAUAUCUGGAAGAAGUUGUACCAAACCAUACCCUCCUGCCAAAAGAUCCAGCUGUCAGAGCUGCAGUCCGUGCCGUUGUGAACACAAUAGUUGCUGGAAUACAACCGCUGCAAAACAGGAAAGUACUUGUGCACCUCGGUGAUGCCACUAAAGCAAAUUCUUGGGCCAAGCAUUGGGUGGAACAGGGAUUCAAGGCUGUGGAAAGAAUCCUACAGUCUACGCAUGGACAGUAUUGUUUUGGUGAUGUCAUUACAAUGGCAGACGUGUGUCUUGUUCCUCAAGUUUACAAUGCAAACAGAUUCAAUGUGGAUAUGUCUCAGUUUCCUUUGAUCAGUGAAAUUUCGUCUAGGUUGAGUGACUUAAAAGAAUUCAAAGAUACCCAUCCAACCAGACAACCAGAUUGCCCCGAGGAAUUCAGAAUCUAGAUUUUGCUAUCUAAGCCAGUUUGCAUGUUGAAAUAAGAACUGAAAUACUGUGUCUUGAUGCCACAUAAUUUUGCUAAAAUUCAACGAAUUUUCUUAUUUUUCUAAUUAAUAAAUGUCAUUACGAUAUAGUAUUAUUAAAUGUAAAGAAUUUUAAGGUCAGUAAAGGCAGUGGAUUUGUUACAGUGCA